UUUAGCCUUAAGGCGUGGCUUAAGGCCUUUUUCCAAAGAUGGCUAAAUUGUGUAAUAUACUACAACUGGAUCGAUAUACUCAAAGGAUUGAGCAUGAAGGAGAAGAUACAUCUCAACGACAGUUGUCAUCAAAUGUUGUGCUGUUGCUGUUGGCCGCCGUAUCAUUGCGCUUUAGCUCUUAGCGUUGUUGAUGCAACAAUUGUUGGUAUUUUUGCAUAUCGUUCAGCUGAUUUAUUGUAUAAAUCGGGAAAUGAUAAUAAUUGGAUCGAUUUUGGCAUAUUCCUGAUCCUGUUGGGUUUCUUUGUAUGUGAACUAUUAAGUAUGAUAACGUUAGCUAUUUCCUUUCGGCGGAAUAAUUCUCGUUUUGUAUUGCCACGAUUAACAUUACUUACCGGUCAAUUUGCUGUAACAACAUUCAUUUCCGUUCUUUUAAUCCUGUAUUUUAUGGGAUUCACCGAGAAACUCAAUGAUGUUGUAAUUGGUACAUAUGAGGUUUAUUGGGCUAACGAUAAAUUGAAUGAAGAUGAUCGUAUCAGAGCUGUAAAUGAUUUGUUCAUUUAUGCGAUUGGUACAUUUGUUCUUAUAUCCAUGUACACCAUAUAUGAAUUAUUCGAGUUAUACAUCACCCGAAAAUAUCAAAAUACUCUCGAUACACCACCUGAAUUUAUACCUGUAAGGAAUCAGGAACCACCAAGAUUAGCUGGACCAAAAUUAAGCAUUACUCAACCUCAACAUAUCGCGCCACCACCUUACAAUCCACAGUAUCAUUAA